AAUUUCGACUUCAGACCGACUCUGACCCAUCAGGCACCGUUCGAAAACACACUUAAAACGAGAAUAAUUGUUGUAAGCUAAGAAAUAUAUAAAGCGAUCACACUGCACAUCGUGCGAGGGAAAAAAGUUAAUCUCUAUGAGGCCGGCGCUUUGAGCUUGAGGUCCUUAAACAGCUAAUGAAUGUUUGGAAAAUGAGACAUUUGCAAAAACGAGCAGCAGCAACCCUGAAGUGUUACAUCAAACGCAGUUACGCAACAGGAUCCAAACAGGUUGAACUUACGAGCACCCGAUACCCAGGGCUUAAAAGAGGACAAUACUCGGAGGUAACAGAUGAAGAUAUAAGAGCUUUUGAGACAUUUGUUCCUUCAAGAGUUGUUACAAAUCUGGAUGAAAUAUUACCUCAUAAUGUUGACUGGCUUAAAAUGGUCAGAGGAACAAGCAAAAUACUACUGAAACCAAAAACUACAGAGGAAGUUUCUCAGAUCUUGGCAUAUUGCAACUCACGCAGAUUAGCUGUAGUCCCUCAAGGAGGAAACACUGGAUUAGUUGGUGGCAGUGUGCCAGUAUUUGAUGAAAUAAUAUUAUCCACAUCAUUAAUGAACCAAGUAUUGAGCUUUGAUGAUGUUUCAGGUAUCCUUGUCUGUCAAGCUGGUUGUGUUUUAGAGUCAUUGGACAAAUUAAUGGAAGAUCAUGGUUUUAUUAUGCCACUGGACUUGGGAGCAAAAGGAAGUUGUCAUAUAGGUGGCAACAUUGCAACAAAUGCUGGUGGUUUGAGACGUCUGAGGUAUGGAUGCUUACAUGGCAAUGUUCUAGGCCUAGAAGUGGUUCUUCCUGAUGGUAUUAUACUUGACUGUCUUUCAUCAAUGUUAAAAGACAACACAGGGUAUGAUCUAAAACAGCUGUUCAUUGGAUCAGAAGGCCACCUGGGUGUGAUAACAACUGCUUCAAUCCUGAUACCACCCAGACCAAAGGCUCUCAAUGUCACUUUUCUUGGUUGUGCCACCUUCUCUGAUGUUCUUAGUACAUACAAACUGGCAAGGAGUAUGUUGGGGGAAAUUCUGUCUGCCUUCGAAUUUCUAGAUGAUUUUUGCAUGAAUCUCGUGGAAACAAAGCUUGGUCUACAUAAUCCCAUCAGUAAGCAGCCAUUUUAUGUGUUAAUAGAGACUUCAGGCUCUAACAGCUCCCACGAUGAAGAGAAACUCAAUUUCUUUCUGGAGAAACUUAUGUUUGACAAAAUUGCAAGGGAUGGAACUCUGGCAACAGAUUUGUCAAAGUUGAAAGAAGUCUGGGAUAUACGCGAAAGAAUAUCAGAGAGCCUGACACUUUGUGGAACAACUUACAAGUAUGAUCUGUCACUCCCUUUGCCAAAAAUGUAUGAGCUUGUGUCACACAUGAGAGAAAGACUUGGUGACCUGGUGACUAACUGUGUUGGAUAUGGCCACCUUGGAGAUUGCAACUUACAUUUGAAUUUCACAACUCCAGAGUUCAGUGAACAAGUGUUAGAUUCCAUUGAGCCCUAUGUUUAUCAGUGGACAGCAAAACAUGGCGGGAGCAUUAGCGCGGAGCACGGCCUGGGAUUGAAGAAAGCAAAUUAUAUACAUUACUCCAAAUCAUCACCAUCAGUAGAUCUGAUGAAAAACAUCAAACAACUUCUAGACCCUAAGGGAAUUCUGAAUCCCUACAAAGUUCUUCCUCGUUGACUUCAGUGAAAAUGACUUGUGAUAAAUAAAUGAUAGCUUGGGCGAGCACAAACUGGUGACAAGCUCACCUGACUGUGAAUUGUUGAUUGUUGUAAAUACAAAAAGAGGAUUUGACCGAAUAUGGACAGGUCAUAAACCAGGAGUGAUAGUACAUUUACUAUAUCGCAGACAAUUCAUUGGAAACAUCUGUUACAAGUUUUUGUUUUAACGAAGUGUUUAAAUGAUAUUUUUUUGACUGUUAUGGAUUAAGCGUAUUUAAAUCAGAUCCCAUCUUCCUUCUUUCACCAACCAAACAACCAAUUCGCAUGUCAUAACCCACAGAAACAUUCCGUUUACCUCGUUAUCGAAAAAACAUGUUUUUCCAUGGAUAAAUGACAGCUAAGUUUCAGUUUUGUGCUUUAUUUUGUACUUCUUAAGUAACUGAGGAAGUCAACUUAGAUAACUGGGUUCGGCACAAUUCUUAGUUCUAGUUUCCUCUCGGCCUCCUUCUUACUUUUUCCUGUGAAUCUGAUUUUGAAUUAUCCUUUAUUGUCCUUAUUGUAAUUUUUCAUGUGGCCAAAUGAAAUAAACGGACAGUAACCAUUUA